GCCAGAAAAAAAAAGUCUCAACUCUGCGUGGAGAAGGUUGAGCCGAGAGCGAAGUUGCCUCCCGUCCGUGCCGUCGUAAAGGUGUACGUGUGCGUUCCAAAGUUUCAACGCGUAAUUAACAUUGGUUCGCGUACGCGUAUCGCAGAACUGUGCCGUCAUUCCCAAGAUCGUCGUCGGCGGAUGCAGAUAGUUGCAUUCGACGGAGCAUUACUUACGCGUACGGAAGUGUACGUUGUACCGUGUGUGUGAGCAGACAUUCCGAUCAACAUUAGCAGCAGCAGACCACACGAAGGCACACACACACACGCGCGCACACACCGUGCAUUAAAAAGGCAGAAGAAAGAAAACUCUUCGGGGGCCAUGUCCGGUCCGGAAACUGUUGCAUCAGCGCCACCAACCAUGGACGACCAAUCGGCGGACGGAUCCGGCAGCCUGCUGUACGAUAUCGUGUACGAAAUCAUCAGCAGCCCGGUCAACCUGGCGCUGGUCGGUAUCAUCUCCUUCCUGCUGUACAAGAUCAGCAAAAGCCGCCAGCCACCGGCAACACUGCCACCGCCACCACCGGAGCUGCCACGGUUGCGCCGCGAUUUUACGGUCGCCGAACUGAAGCACUACGACGGUACGCAACCGGACGGCCGAGUGCUAACAGCCGUCAACGGCAACGUGUACGAUGUUACGAAGGGCAAGGCUUUCUACGGUCCAGGUGGACCGUACGCAGUAUUUGGUGGUCGGGAUGCAUCCCGUGGGUUGGCUACAUUCCAAAUCACCAGCCUGGGCAGCGACGAGUAUGACGAUCUGAGCGACCUCAAUUCACACGAGAUGGAAUCGAUGCGCGAAUGGGAAAUGCAAUUCAAGGAAAAGUACUAUCUCGUCGGACGUUUGCUAAAGCCGGGUGAGAAACCGACAAACUAUUCCGAUGAGGAUGAGGAUACACCGACCGAUAGUUCGGACGUGCGGAAGCGAACGGCCGCGACCGUAACGAAAACGAUAGAGGGAUCCACCACGAACGCGGAUGCACCGUCGUCGGACAAAGCGGAAACCCGUACCGACAGUAAGAAGGAGGAGGAGGGUGGUGGCGGUGGUGGUGGUGAAGCACCUGUUGAACCGGUGGUGGCGGACAAACCAAAAGCCGAAUGACUAGCAAACGUAGCGUUACACCGCCGGGCAAAACGCGACUUGCUGCAGCACCAGCCCGUGCCGUGUAGUCAACAGAGCGUUCGGGACGCGAAGGUGAUCGGAUGUGACGGUGCAGUUGCACAGGAUAGUGAUAGUAGUACGGAACGGAACGAUAACAGCAGCGAUAGGGAAUGGCCUUACAGUAACACCGUACCCUCCAGUGAACGUUUGUUUUACGAUCAGCAUUCGAUUUGUGAAAUGUUUGGAUUCUGAAGUUUAAGCUUCCGACCCGACCCCCGGCACGGCAUAUCAGUUCACCUGCCUGGAAUGAUGCUGUGUUUCGUCGUGUAGUCGCCUGGCCUGGCGGUGGUAUAUUCCAUCAUAAUCAUCUAAACAUUUGUUUUAUCACAACAUAUAUUACCGGCGCACUCGUGCAAUAGUGCAAGUUUGUGUGCAAUACGGAAGGAGAUUGAGAGAACAAUGGCAAUUCAGAAACCGUUAAAUCACACGUCCUAGUUUUUUUUUCUUGUGUGUUUUUUAUGUUUUUUUGCCCUCUAUGAAGGGCAAUUGGUCAAUUGCAAGUUUAGGAGGUAGGGAAUUUUCAUUUUGUGCUGUUUCUUUUUAUAAUUAUUGCUUCAAUUUUCCUUAAUCAAUAGGAGCUUUUUUUUCUUGUUCUAUGGAACACUCCUCUCGACCGCUCGCGGUAAAGGUGAAUUGUAUUGUUUUUAAUCAACCAAAGAGGACAUUUGCAAUAUCUAUUAUUACCAGAUAGAUCUUCUGGUGCUGAACCAUGUUGGGAAGCAUAAAAAGUAUAUAUGUAAUUGUAAUAUGUACACAAGGCACUUGUAAUGAAGUGUAUGGCAGGGAAAGAGCUAUUAACUAGUAAAUGAAGCUAAGAUUCUACUUUCGGUCAGCGAUCAGCUUAGUAAGCUAACUAGCAAAGUGAAUUCAGUUGUGAUGUGUUAUGCUAAUUACUAUCAUUUUGCGUUCUUGCACCAACAGUUCUAACUUUUUGGCUAGAACUUUUUACGUUUGAACAUUUUAUGUUUCUCUCUAACUCUUCCCAGGCAGCUCACUAUCACUUAGUCAUGAAGUACCUUUAUAAAGCCAAUUAUCGUUUCAUGUUUACAAGCACAAAGAGCACAAAAUUUGUCCAUUUUUGUUAGAUUUCAUGCCAUUCUUUUCUCGCUCUAUUAUUGUUUUGUGACUAUUAUUAUGCGUAUUCGUUUAUCGAUCACGAUUCGAUAAUCGACAAACGAUUAUUAACCUCCUGUACCUAUUUGUUUUGUUGUUUUGCAAUUAAUGACCUUUGCAUUGGACGUCUUAAUGAUUCGCACGCACUCGAGAUAGAGACGCAUAGCUGUUUAGCAAUGGGUUUUUUUUAAGUUCAAUAAUUCCUUAAAAUGGUUUAUCGAUUUAUUUUAUUCAUUUUCUACAGACGCUUUUUGGGCCUAUUGGGCACCAUUCAACGCUAAAGUGUUUUAUCGAUGGUUUAUUUUUGUUUUUACAAAUUCUUUAGCGAUACGUCGAGUUGGAGCUGGAGUGUAUUGAAACUAAAUAAGAACAAACAAAAACCAGAGUUGUACUUACUGUCCGGAAAGGUCAGAAACGGAAUGAAAAGACACGAUUAAGAUCGUUCUUUCUUUUUACGUUUGUACCAUUGAAUAGCUUAGCUAGGUGUCUUUUGAACAUCCAAUCUUUAAACUGUCUCGAUGUUUCACGAUUUGAUUAAGCACUUUUGGCACACACUAAUCCGUAUGUUCAACGGUUUAACGAAUAGGCAGCUGGUUUAAUAUUAGGGGAUGGCGUAAACACGCGUAAUUACACCAGGGUAGUCUAGGGAGAUGAUAGUCUAUGCACGAAUGAUGUGAUUUUUUAAAUUCAUUUAUUUGAACAUAACAUGUAAGGAAAAAAACACCUCGACUCACUAGCCGCCCUCCUCCCCCAGGAACGAGUAACGUGGCAAGCAAAGAUCGUCUUGGCCUUUUAUGAGGUGACAUAAAACGUGCUAAAGGGAAAACAGAAACCAGUACGAUGCAGGAACAGGAAACACAACAACUAAAAUUGAACAAACAAACAAACAAAAAAAGUAUAUAAUGUAAAGUUUAAGAGAUAGCUGGGGUGGACGAAAUAAAUAUAUCAAGGCGAGGCAAAAUAAUAUUUUUUUGGUGUAAACACUGUAAAGAUGCUUUUACAACAUCGCAACUAUGCAUCCACUAGCAAUCUGUGUCUAAGGAAAAAUUUGUAAAUGAAUGCAAAAGUAUGAAGAAAACAAAAUGUAAUGUAACAACCACAAGGGGUUUAAAAAAGGGGGAAUGUGUAUGUUGUAAAGCAGAAAACCAAAUUUGAUUUGAAAAAUUGUUAUCAAAAUGUUGGUUUUGUUAAGCGAAUAUAGAAACAGCCGAUAACGCCACCUUUGUGAAAUGGUGUUGCGAUUGCUUUGCGUUUGUUUUUCAAGUGCGAUUACAGGUCACCUCGGCUCUACAAAAAGCUAUAGCUUUGGGAAAAUGUCCCCCCUGGAUAUGGUGUCAGUUUCGUAACAGAUUGUAAGAGUUGCGUCUUUUUCGUUUACUUCCUCGCGGCAUUAGCACCAGAAGAAAUAGGCAGCUAUCGGUUGAUUUUUUUUUUUGUCUCCAAUUGUAAAGAACACAAGUACACAACAAUCUCGGGUGAAAAACAACAGCAACAAAACUACAAUUAUAUAGAUCGAACUUUUUGAGUAUCGAAUUUUGUUUUCAUCAUCGAUGUAAUAAAUAAAACUCGUGAUAUGAUGGGUGUUGGUAAAAACAAA